CGGGUCCGCGCGGAGGCCUGGACGGCGCGGCCAGGUGAUGUGGGCCCCUGUGCUUCUCCAGAGGAAAGGGACCCCCAGAGAAGCCGUGCCCCCGGGCUUCCCCCGCGAGGCGCUCUGACAUCUGCCCUAGGGUAGCUGGGCAGCCCGAGCCGGCCCGGCCGGGUCGAGUGUCCUUAGGAUGCAGUGAUUACGGAAUUAGGCUCUCCCUACGGGAGGGGCACUCCCUGCGCUCCAGAACCCGGUGCAGAGAAAAAGGGCAGAAUGAUGCUGUCCGAGCAAGCCCAAAAGUGGUUUCCAACCCACGUGCAGGUCACAGUGCUCCAAGCCAAAGAUCUGAAGCCAAAAGGCAAAAGUGGCACCAAUGACACAUACACUAUAAUUCAGCUGGGUAAGGAAAAGUACUCCACCUCUGUAGCUGAAAAAACCCUUGAGCCAGUGUGGAAGGAAGAGGCCUCCUUUGAGCUGCCUGGGUUGCUAAUGCAGGGGAAUCCAGAGAAAUACAUUCUUUUCCUCAUAGUUAUGCACAGGUCCCUGGUGGGUCUGGAUAAAUUUUUAGGGCAGGUGGCAAUCAAUCUCAAUGACAUCUUUGAGGACAAACAAAGAAGGAAAACAGAGUGGUUUAGGUUAGAAUCCAAACAAGGAAAAAGAGUCAAAAACAGGGGUGAGAUAAAGGUCAAUAUUCAAUUUAUGAGGAACAAUAUGACAGCAAGUAUGUUUGACUUAUCAAUGAAGGACAAAACAAGAUCUCCUUUUGCAAAAUUGAAAGAUAAGAUGAAAGGUAGAAAAAAUGAUGGGACAUUUUCUGAUACGUCUUCUGCAAUCAUUCCAAGUACUCCCAUGCCUGAUGCCAGUACUGAAUUUUCAAGUGGUGAAAUACAGAUGAAAUCCAAACCAAAAAAGCCUUUUCUUUUGGGUCCUCAGCGUCUCUCUUCUGCACAUUCAAUGUCUGAUUUAACGGGGUCCCACAUGUCUUCUGAGAAACUGAAGUCUGGUGCUGUAGGUCACACACAUCUUCUUGGUCGCCACAUAGAGUCCUUUGGAGCCGUUCCAGAAAAUGGAAGUCUUAAGUCUCCACACAGAAGAGCAUUAAGCUUUGAUACUUCUAAAAUGAACCAACCUGACAGCAUUGUGGGUGAAGGUGAAUCGUCUUUUGGAAGACAAAAUGACCCAUUUACAAAUGUGACUGCUUCAUUACCCCAAAAAUUCGCAACACUGCCAAGGAAGAAAAAUCCAUUUGAAGAAAGCAGUGAAUCAUGGGACAGCAGCAUGAAUUUAUUUUCAAAACCAAUUGAAGUAAGAAAAGAAAAUAAAAGAGAGAAAAGGGAGAAAGUUAGCCUAUUUGAGAGAGUGACUGGGAAAAAAGAUGGCAGAAGAUCUGAUAAACUUAACAGUGGGGGAUCUGAUAGCCCUUGUGACUUGAAGUCACCUAAUGCAUGUAAUGAAAAUCGUCAGGACUAUUUUGAUUAUGACUCAACUAAUCCGUUUACAACAAAAUUCAGGGCUUCAAAUAUAAUGCCAUCUUCAAGUUUUCACAUGAAUCCGACAAGCAAUGAAGACCUCAGGAAAAUCCCGGACAGCAAUCCUUUUGAUGCCACUGCAGGGUACCGCAGUCUGACCUACGAAGAGGUACUGCAGGAGCUGGUGAAACACAAAGAACUCCUUCGGAGGAAAGACACCCACAUCCGGGAACUUGAGGACUACAUCGACAACCUCUUGGUCAGGGUAAUGGAGGAAACGCCCAGUAUUCUCAGAGUGCCAUACGAACCAUCCAGGAAAGCUGGCAAGUUUGCCAAUAGUUCAUAAAGCCAAGUCUACUACAUUUAUAAUUGGAAAGAGAGAGGGGAAGAAGAAAUAAAGAAAAAAAAAACUGUUACUUGAAGAGGCCCCUCUGCCAGGUUUCAUAGCCUACUCUCCUCCUCUAAGAAAAAUGGCCGUACCUAUUACUAGCAGGGACUAUCAAGAGGGACCUUUGAAGUGAGCAAAAUACUUUCAACCUUUGAGUGAAAAUGGGCCAGAUUCUCAAUGAAUAAGCAGUUCUGUAGGAUUCACCUGGGUGCUGGUGCUGGCCCACUUAUCUGCCAUAGGCCAAGAAAUAUCUUCAUAAGCCCACGAGUUACUUCUCAGGAAUAGAUUUUUUUGCAUUAAGCAGAUGGACUGGUUGAAUUCUCAGAAGUCAAUUUGCAGAUUUAGUUAGCUUCAUGAAUAUAGCUCAUUAUAACACUACAAAAAUCAGUUUAAAUUUUAUAUACAUACAUGAAUACAUUUUCAUGUAUCUUUGUAUAUAAAAUACAUGCAUAUACCUCAUAUAUACAUGUGUUUUUAGUACACUGAAAAGCAACUGGUUGCCUCUAAGGUACGGAUACCAAUUUCUGAGUUUGGAAAUGGUACGUUCGCUGUAUUGAUGCAAGACAAAUCGUCAUUACUACCACUGCGGUCCCUCUAGAGAAGCUGCUUCAAAUUGCUCUUGACUGUGAGCCUUGGCUUCAGAGUGAGCUGCUGUUUAUGAUCCCAUCAUCACACUUUUGCUCUUUUUCUAAAAAUUGUGAUCCAAGGUCCCUUUUCAAAGAAUGACAAAUUUUAGGACACGUCAUUAACUUCACAGCAGCAUGAAUUUCUUUCCUUUUUUACCUAACAUGAGUUUUGUUUAAGGUUUAAGCAGAAGAUAAGCUAAUGCAAUUUGUUUUGUUGAAAUUCUGCAUGCCUUUAAAUCAUUAGCGAAGAAAAUAUUACAAAGUUACAUCUGAAAAUAAUGGGGAAAAAUGUAGGUGCUCAUCUGUGUCUGAUAACCCAAAGCAAUGGGCAGUUUCUAGGAUUGAAAAAUUAGGCUUGGUUUCAAGUUUCAUCAAUAACAGAACAGAUGGUUGUCUUUGGGUCUUGAACCAAAAAUAAGACUUAUUUGGAGAGGAGUGAAUUUUUAGAGCAGAUUUUUACUAGCAUGACGUUACAUAGUACUCUAUAUCUACUCUCCAGUGAUUGGUUUAUCACAAAAUUAGGGGUUCUUUUUUUUUUUUUUUUAAGUCCACUCCCUCAAAAUGUUGAUUCCUUCCAUGGAUUAGCUCUAUUUAUUUGUACAAAAUUAUUCUGAAAUUUAAGUGGGAAAAAACAGUGAUCUAAGAAUGUUGCUAAUCUUCUGUUUAAUUUUUCAGCUUUAAAAAUCUAAAAUACUAUGAAAGUUUAGCUGUGUCAUUCUGAAUUUAAAAUGUAAAGUUAAUUUCCAUAUGGAGACUGAUAUAUGAAUGAAUGAAUUGCAUUUUUUAAUACUUAUCUCUAUUAAGACCUCAUUGAAAGUUAGAGAAAAAGCAGACAUAAUAGUUUUAUUUAUUAUAAUAUUUUGAAUCAGAGAAUACUUGGCCAAGCUUAUAUUCAAAAACUAAAACCCCUUGUUGUCUGUAUUUUCUGAGUCUCUUUAAUUUUCCUAUAAGAACAUGCAUUUUGGAAUUGUGAAAAAUUUUCCCAAUACAAAAAAAAAUUAAUUAAGAAAUAAAGAAAUAUAGUUUUCAUUAAUUUUCCCCUCUACUCAUUAUUAAAGCUCUAUAUUAAACCUCAUAAUCUAGAGUGGGAUUUUAUUUUCUCAUUUGAGGUCUUGCUAAUUAUUAUCUUUUAGCAUGGUGCCAUUUUAAAGUAACAUUUAUUAAAUGUUACAAAACAUUGCUCUUAGCAGGUUUUUCUGAAAGUAUUGUUGGGACUCUUUUAAGUUUUAAAAAAAAAACUUAAAAAUCCACGUGUUUUCAAAAUUAUGACAGAUAUCUAUAGAUUACUAUGGUUUGCUAUAGUCAAAUUUGUUUUUUCUAGAAUGAACUGAGAUGUCUGUUUUGUAUUGGGGGUAUGUUUUCCAUAAGUAAAACAUUUAAAAGUAUGGUUCAAGAAGUACUGUUAUUUUUAUGAGGAAAUUAUUUUUCAGGAGCAGUUCUUUCCCUCUAUAAAAAUUGUUAAGAGUAGACUUGUUGUCCAUAAGUGAUUGGCUGUAACUAGAUCAUUAUUUUUAUCUUUAAAAUCUAACAUGUGUUGUAUUUAAAACUAAAUCUACAUUUACUACUGCCUGAAAAUGUUCUGUUGCAAUGUUUAUGAAUUUUCACUCAUGACCAGAGUAAACUUACCAUGUAUUUUCAUAAUCAGUCAAUAUAACAAACUAAAAAACAAAAAGUAAAACCAGUUCCCAAGUAAACAUGACAGUGUUUCCUGUGCUUGAGCAGAAGUGUAAACAGUGUCGAUUUAAUUUCUGGCAUUCUAAGAAGAAAGGCCAAAAAGAUCACUUUAAUUUAUUUUUCCAAAGUGUAACUCUAAGCAUUCUAAUGAUAUAUUUUGUUAGUAGCUUAGAAAUGGAAAUUAAAUACAUGUUCACAUUAAAUAAUGCACAGUACAAUAGACUUAUAAGCAGAUCUUACCUCUGCUUUUAUGCCUAAAAGUGCAUGCUCGCUCAGAAACGCUUCCACCAACAAGAGGAUUUUUUAAUAUUACGGAAUUGAUGUUAUCUGGUCUAUCUUAUACUAACAUACUUUUGUUAUAUAAUUAAACUUUUCUGCUCUUAUUUUAAAACCAGUAUUAUUUUACCACCAUUUUACCUCCCAGUUCUAAAAAUCAGCUUUGAAAAUAUUGACCAAAACUUUCUACCACUUUAGGGGUCAAGUUUCACUUACUGAGUACCAGGGUUAUUACUUAGAAUUGUAUAUAAAUCAUUGUGUAACUCAUUUAUGAGCAGUGUUUAAGUAUUGCUUUUUGCUGCUAUCUUCUGUAUUGCGCCUAGCUUCGCCUCCUCCCAUGAGGGUAGUGUUAUCCAUAGAUUAUAUAUAACUACAUCUCUUGCUUUUGGCAGUAAAUCAAGAUUUAGUUGUAAUUUUCCAGCUGUGAAAAUGUUGCCUUGUAUUUAAAAGGGUUUCAUGAAUGGAAACCUGAGUGAAACUAAGCUCAUUAGUGACAGACUUGCUUUCUUCACAUCCUUCCUUCACCAACUCCCUUACCCCAGUUCCCCCUAUCUACCACCCUUACUUAUAAGGGUGCUUAUUCUUUAACAAGGAAAAUCUUAAACAAAGAAAAACCAGACCUUGCUGUCUUUAAUGUAUCUACAGUAAUUGUCACACUAGAGCUUUUAUUUUCCUCUGUAGAUUUUUAGAAAGCUUUCUACCUUGGAUUUGUAAAGCAAGCUGAAAGUUUUUCAAUGUUCAUGGACUUAUGUCUUUUAGAUCUGGUAGGUGUCACCUGUGUGGGUGAGUGCAGCAGAAACCAUGCCCAUUCACCUCAGCUCUUGAAGGAGGACGGGAAGGAUCACACUGCUGGCUCAUGGAGGGAGGUGAGGGUCUGCCAGCACAUGUUGAGAGCCCCGGUUUUCACAGAUUGAGGACUUGAAUAAUCCAGAUGCAGUUGUUGAAAGUAUUUAAUAUGCAAUAGGUAGCACCUUAACUAAUCAACCUGCAUAUGAAGGAGUUUCUGAUGUAUUUAAUAAGAAGGGUAGAAGCUUUUCAAGAAUUAAACUAGAGUUGACAUUUUAUUUUAUUUAUUUUCUGUUAAAUAAUCCACUGUUACAAUGGAAUUGAUGCAUUUGGGCCUAUUAAUCUCUGAAGCUUCCAGAUGGUUUGUAUUUUGAGGUACAAAAAUAUGCUGCAGAUUUAGAAAUGUAUUUGGAUGAUAUAAGCAUUAUUUAUAACUGAAGAGUAUUACACCUACCUUCUUAAGUAAAUGCUCUAGUAACUUGUGUACAUUUUUGCAGGUACAAACUCAGAAGUAUGUAAAUUGUAUUAUGCGGCAAUUGUAUAAUUUAUGUAAUCUGAUGCAUGAAUCAGAAUUUUUAUAUAAUAUAUGAUUGUUGAUUUAUUGUAGGUGAUUAAAGUGUUUAAAUGUAAUUCA